AUGGAUUGCAAGCGCGUUAUCAGACAACCUCGUGGUCCGCCCGUAGAGGUUGAAGAAGGUCAAAAGAACUGGAGAAAUUCAAGCGAGAUGAUGAUGAAUGAACAAUCUUUUUGUUCAGUUGAUGAGAACAUGAAUAAAACAGCAAAUGAACAAGUACGCAAGAGUAGCAUAAGCUCUGCUUACGGAGCAGAGUCUCCUGUUGGUGAUAAAAGUUUUACAGGUCUCAAUGAUGAUGUAUUUGGUCCCUCAGAGGAAUUAGUCUAUGUAACCCAUAUCGAAAGCCCUAGCUUGUUUUGGGGUCAGCUUGCCGAUGAUGAGACACAAGAAAAAGUGAAAGAAGUGACUGAAAAACUUCAGGUAUUUUGUGGAAACAGACCACUAUUACAAGGUGCACCAAUCCUAAGAAAGAUUUAUGGGGGUAUUUAUACUGGAGAUGACCUAUGGUACAGAUGCAAAAUACUAGAAAACUUAAAUGAUAAUAAGGUCAAGGUGCACUUUGUAGACUUUGGUAAUGAAGAAAUAAUCAGCCAAAGGGAGGUUGUGUGUUUAUCACACGAAUUGUACUCUCAUCCACCUUUUGCAAGGCAAUACAAGCUAAAUGAAGUCAAUGAUCCAAAGGACCCUAAUUCUGAGCUUUUUAUUAAGGGUGUUGAGCAUCUGUCUCAUUUGGUGGCAGAUAAAAAUUUCAUUGCCAAAAGGAGGAAUGGUGCAUGUAAGGCUCCAACAAAUGCCUGUCCUGUUGAUCUUAUUUGCUUACAGGAUAACACGAAUAUCAAUCAAGAAAUAAUUUCAGCAGGAUUUUCUCUAGAAGUACUGGAAGAGAAACCCUUGCAACCAAAGCCCAUUCCCAACAAACCAGAGACAAUUAGUUCCUAUCAAUCACCCAUUACAAGUAAUAACCAAAGAGCUUUUAUUGCAAGUUCAGACUACAGUACUCCUCUCAGGAAGCCAAAAGAUACUCAGGAUCUGAAGCUGCAAGAGCUUGAAGAAAGCAUUAAGAAUCAAAGCAAAACUAUUGACACCCUCAAACAGAUGUGCCGUCAACUGGAAGAAAGCAAAAAGUUAGAACUAAAUGACAAAGAAAAAAAGUUCAGAGAUCAACUUGAAGAAAGCAACAACCAGUUAAAUAAUGCCGUCUCUAACAAAGUAGGACAGCUUGUAUCUAAAGUUCACAGCCUUAGAAAAAUCAGAAAAGAAUCAAAGGACAACAGGAAUAGCGUUUUGAAAUGUAUUCAAGAUUCCCUUCAGCUUCUGCAAGAACAGAUUAAGAUGGAUCUUGACAGAUUUGAAGAAUUGAAUAAGGUGAAAGAGAUGGAAAACUUCCACAGUGAUCUUCAGGAUAAGAUAAGACAUUGCAGUGAAAAGGAUCUGCUUCCUGGGUUAGUAGAUGAAAGAAACAAGUUCAGACAGGAUCUAAACCAGGCCAUUACUACUUUUACUAGUUCCGUGGAGAACUUGCAGCUUGAUCUUGUAAAAGUUAAUUUAGAGGUGGCGCUAACCUCACUUUACUUAAAUGUUGGUGACAGCUCUAGAAUGGCUGUAAAUACUUCCAGUACUCCCAGACUUGAGGUGGUAGAGGAGUAUAAAGCAUUUCAGACCAAGAAAGACGAGGACCUCAAGGAAAUGAACAUGUUGGUUAAUGAAAAAUGUAGUAUGCUUAUUGAUGUACAUAGCAAUAUUAUGAGGGUUUUAAACCUGAAUGAAGAGGUGGAAAGCAUUGAGUCCUGUGCAGCUGGUAUUGCAGAACUGGACAAUAUUAUGGGAGUAUUGGAGGCACUUACCCAAGAAGAAAUAGCAAAAACCAAGUGUUCGGAAGCAGAAGAAAACUUGCGAGCAAAAGCAGUAGCUGCAUUAAUUAGUGAGCUGCAAAGCCAGCUGGCAUGUGUGCAAGAGCUAAGAAAAACACUGGAGUAUUACACUAAAUUGCAGCAAAAUAUUAGGCGCUCUCUCGAUGAAAAGCCAGAUAUUCAACAGGGGUUGGCUGGCAAAAAGAAAAUAAAAAAACAAACUACUGUCCUUAAACGCAAGCUUCUCGACGAAACUGAGUUGAAAGAGACAGAAGACGUCACAGAGGAGGAACUCCAGAAGUUGAAAGAGGAGCUAAACUGUCUCUACCUUGAGCUACACAGAACUUUUGUUGAGGAAGAUACCAUAAUUAAUAACCUGGCCAACUUGUCAAAAGAAGAUUUUCCAGAGCUGUUGCUGCAGUACCCUGAACUGGAGAUUUCCCUAUGUUUGAAAACCAAUGGUCUUGUUAAAAGUGGUAGGGCAUUAGAACAGUACCCUUUGGAGGAGUUGGAGUCGGGUGUCUUUACUUCCUUCUUCUGUGAAAAGAAAUGCGUGAUCAAGGAGUAUUUCUUCAGGGAUGCUGCCAGCAAGGAUCUUUUUCAAAAUCAAGCUGUUGGAUUCCAUGGCUGUGUUCACAAGCAAUUGAUUAGUCUAGAGGCAGUCUUCUACAAUAAGAAUGGAAGAAUUGGCUACUUACAGGUUCCUUAUUAUGAACCACUACAAGAAUGGCUGAAAACAGAACCACAACCAGAGUCCAAGAAGAUGAUAAUGAAGGAUAUUCUGGAAGGCCUAGAAGAGCUUCAUAGCUGUAACAUUGUCCAUGGUAGUAUUAGCUAUGACGCUGUGUUUGUUUCAUGUGGCGAUGAUGAGCGACCAAGAGGAAUAUUGGGACACUAUGAUCUUACUGAAGAGCUGGAUUCCAGAGUAUUGCAAACUACAAAGAAGCUCAAGCUCCCUAAAGAGUUUUCUAGCAGUACCCCCAAGUUUGACCUGAUUUGUUUGGGUCAGUUAAUGGCAUCUCUAAUCAUCGCGGAUUGGAAUCCUUCUGUUUCUUUAAUGGACUUAAAUCAACUGACACAGGAUGUUGGGUUGAUUUCUGUACUUGAGGGGCUUCUGUCUGAUAAGGAGACAUCCAUUGUCACUGCCAAAGAUGCUCUAACGAUGACUUACUUCGAGGAAAGCACUGUACAAAAUGGGCAUGUAUCUCCUGUAGAUGAAGAGCUUGAUUAAAACAAGUAAGGCAUGGAUCCAGAGGAUUGUAAUCCUUUUGGUCCAUAUUAACGGUCUUUUUGUCCAUAUUAAAACCAUCAAAAAUAUUGAAAAUGCUAUUAAGAGUAGAGACUUGCAAACAGAGACCUAUGAUAUUAGUGUGAACAGGUGAAAAAAGAGGUAUUAUUUGAAAAUGCUUAUUAAGUCAUUAACAUCGGCACUGUCUGUUUUUUGGAUAUGGUAUCAUUUCCUAUAUCUGCAUUUUUGAGUCUUUUCAUGAGGAUAGAUAAAAACGUGUGUGGAUAAGAAACGAAGAAAGUUACACUUAUUUACCCAUGGGAAUUAAGUAGGUUUGGUUAGACAUGAUGUGUCCUGCACAGCACAUAAAUAACCUACUAAACAUAGGAUGAAGAAAAUGUUCUGUUCUACAACGAAGACUGUUCUUUAUUAACCCUGUUACUGUUCAAAAUUAUAUAUAUUUGCUCUAGUUGUCGGUACUAGUUGAAUACAAGCAGGGGGCUUAUGACAAGGAUUUUAUGGUAUGCGUGAUAGGCAAGUUUUCCUGAUUUAAGUCAAUGGAGCAAAUCACAUACGAAUUAAUUAUGUUGAAAAACGUUGGUCAGGGAUGGUGCCAUGCCAUGCUAUGAUGAUGGCAGUGGCAGUCAGAACAUUCUCAAUGAAUAAAUUAAGUAAUUUUAUACAUUAGAAUGUCCAAGAAUUGUUUUGGAUUGAAUUUAAAAAAAAUUGUACUCUUGUUCCUGUUAUACACAAGAUUGUUUUAUUUAAAGAUAUUGUGAUACAUGUUGAAAUAACUAAAAAAAAUUUGGUAUUUUACUUCACCAGUGAAACAAAUAAUUAUUACAAAAAUAAAUAAAUAAAUAUCUACAACAUGUUGAAUUAAUCUAAGUAAAACAAAGGCUGCAUAGUUACCUCUUUACUGAUGGCAAAUGGUGGAUAGCACUAUUCGACAGAUAAAUCGUAUCUGGUGGAUAAAUUUGUUGAAUAACAGCAUCGACUUAUCCAUUGCAUAAGGAUUUUUGUGUUGGAUAGUGCUAUCCACUUUUUGUACAACCUGGUCCAUAUAAAAAACAAAUGCUAUAUUUAUUAACAGAAUGUGACAUUUAGAUGCUGGUAAUUGUAACUUUUAAUCUUGUGCGUAGUUUUUUCCCAUUUCAGACCACGUCUCAUUCCAUGGAGCACCACAUUCAUUUCUUUGUUUAACGGUUGGGCAUGAGAAAGACUCAUGAAUAUGGAUACAAUUAAAACAAAGGAUCUUAUUCUUGAAAGAAUGACAAAUGGUCUGAAAAAGGAAAAUGCUAUUCUAAGUUAAAGGGCUAUUUAUUCACGCCAUCUUUGCAGAAGUUGCAUUAGUACUAUAAAAGAGUUUUGGUUACAGCCAUUCUCAAUCACACGCCGCUCUAGCAAUUGUUUCUGUUGCGACAAAGAAGCUUUUGGUGGAUGUCAAACAAGGCAUUUCCAAAACAUUCUAUAGGCACAUGCCCUUAUAGCUUUGUGUUUUCCAACAAUGUUAUG